UGGGCCUCCGAUGCAUCCACUUCAUCAUCGACACACGCUCACUCAGUAGACAUGGGGAGACAAUCUGUGAUCGCACUCGUUCUGAUCUGCGCUGUCGUUGCCGGUGUCGGUGGCCAGUCUCCUGCUGCAGCUCCGACUACUACUCCGGCGACUCCCGCGCCUGUAGCAGCGAAGUAUCCACCUCCAGCAGCAUCUCCUGUUGUGCCACCGACAAAUUCAUCUCCCGCUGCCGCUCCCCAAAAGCCGGUCACUCCAGCACCGGUAUCUACGCCACCAGCAGUCGCUCCAGUGGCCUCUCCGCCGGCCAGUACUCCUCCAACUGCUUCCGUUCCGGCUAGCUCUCCACCAGCUGCUUCCGUUCCGGCUAGCUCUCCACCAGCUGCUUCCGUUCCGGCUAGCUCCCCGCCAGCUACCGUUCCAGCAAGCUCUCCGCCGGUACCAGUUCCGGCCAGUUCUCCACCGGUUCCAGUUCCGGAGAGCUCUCCUCCCGUACCAACUCCGAUCGAAUCUCCUCCCGCUCCCGAAAGUGCUCCUCCUGCUCCGGUCGCAUCACCUCCCGCUGAGGUCCCGUCGCCGGCGCCGAGCAAGAAGAAAUCGAAGAAGCACAAAGCACCAGCUCCUUCUCCGGCGUUGCUUGGUCCACCUGCUCCACCCUCUGAAGCCCCAGGAGGAAGUGAGGAAGGUCCUUCCCCCGCCCCUUCACUGGACGACAAGAGUGGAGCUGAAGCGUUGAGGAGGAACAUGCAGAAGGUGGUCGGAAGCCUGGCUCUGGGAUUUUCCGCCGCCGUCUUCAGCUUCAUGUUCUAGAGAGAGUUUGUGAUCGUGCUUCAUUUAUUAUAUUUAAUCCUUUUUUUGUUUAAAUUUCCGCCACCGUACUCUAUCGGAAGAGGUGCUUUAUAUUAUAUUCUUCAUUGAAUUGAUUGAUGAAAUUUGAUUUACGAAAUUGAUGAGCCCUGGGGCGUUUGAUUUGAUGAUGAUGAACAUUUUGGAUGGAGAUGGGGUUUGGAGUGGGGAAAUCUUUUAUUAUUACAUUUUGAUUGGAUGGAUCCUUUUGUGUUCUGUAA